AUGACCGACGCAGGCUCGAAGACCCAGUUCGACCUCGACAUCUCGGGCGUAGCCGGCUUCUUUGGCGGCGACGUCUCGGUCUCCGCGAUGGCGACCGUGCACAUCUACGAAGGGCGCAAGUGGCUGGGAUGGUACAACCAGCCCGGCAGCUACGAAAUUGCCAAGCGCUACGGCCAACUUAGUCGCUCGCGGUUCUGGGACGCCCUUUACCCUGGCGUCAACGUCGACCCUGCGGUACUGUUCGAGUACGACGGAGGCGACGGACCCAAAUUUAUUGCGACCCAAUCUGGGACGGUGCUCCAGAAGACAGGCCACGUCGCCAACCUCUUCGCGAGCACAUGCAGUCAUCUGGAGCCCAUCUCUCCCCAGGGCAUCGUGAUGCGGAAAACAUCGCCCGGGUUCGUGACCAUCGCCCAACUCGAUCAUAUUCCUGUCCCGAACGACAUCACCCGAAAGAAUGGCAUCUACACCAGCAUCCUAGCCAGCAUUCCUAUCAUCGUCUCUCUCGGUGCGUGCGUGGGGUGCGCCUUCAUCCGCGACUGGUACUGCUUCGCGAUCAUCCUCUUCGGCGUGGUCAGCAGCGGCCUGUCGUGCUUCGUGAUAGGGCUGGGAACCCUGCGCUUCAAACACCCUCCUCCAGCACGCGGCGCGCCUCCGGGAGACGGAGUGCUCGAAAGCGGCGGCUCGGAGCUGGUCAUUGUCAAGGGUCCGGAGGGCGCGAUCAACGCAGUCACGCGCGGGCACUUCUCGCUGGACUACGACAGCAAGCCCAAGUACCACAGCAUCGGGGUGUGCUCUAUGCUGCUCACGCUGCAGUUCAUCGUCCAGCUGCUGCUCAUCCCGCAGAGCUCGCUGCACGGCCAGCUGUUCUUCCUCGCCACGCUUGCGUGCGCAUGGGCGUACAAUUCGUACCUCGCAUCGUUCGAUCGCGCAGGGAUCCAGCGUGCGAUCCUCAGCGAGCAGGUGCUGGAGCUCAAGGAAGGCCAGCUGAAGCGGUACCGGCUCGGCACGCGGACGGCGAUGGUCACAUUCGCGCUGCUGCUCCUAGCGCCGGCGCGGGAGGACGCGCUCACCCGAGUGCUGAACGACCUGCUCCCGAACGACACCGAGGUGUGGCGGGUGUGGAAGUCCGAAGUCCUGGCGCGCAUCGCUGCCCAUUUCCCGCUCGACGGCCCAGAGAGCGACAAGGAGUUCAGCUUCGGGUUUCCGGAGAAGACACCCCCACCCGACUCGGACUGUCCGGAUGAUCUGUUGCAGACCAUCUACAACGACGCGACGUCUGGCGCGGCUGUGUACAACUUCUACCGAAGGUGA